GCUAUUUAUGCUUGUCAAAAUAACGAGAAGGAAGGGAGAUCUAUUUCGUUCGUAGUGAUAAAAUUACCAACUUCUCAAUAUUGUGACCCCAAUAUCUAUUAUUUCAGCCGAAAGUUCAAUUAAAAACUAAAUGAAAAAACAGUUUUCAUGUUUUAUCCCAGAUUGAAUGGUCGAAAUGAAAGACCUACCGUACUUGACUUGUUUGGUUCUAUACAUAUUUUCUUUCCAAAUUAUUGCUACGAAUUCUCGUACAUCUAACAUUUGGAAACUUAAUCCUGAAGAAGGUACAAUAGUUGACGGUAAUACGUUGACCCAGGAUGACGCUGAUAAGCAAAAAAUGACUGAAGAAGACCCUAUAUUCAACAUAAUAACCUCCACUGUGUACUAUGGGAACACUUGGACCAAGCAUGGCUUUGACAUGUUUUGUACUGACUGCCAAGCUUAUGAACAGCAAAGAUCCGGUGUUGAAAACGGAGAUGAGUCAGCACUGACUGAGACUAAUGGUGAUGUUGAUGAUGAAUACUUGGACUGCGGAAAGGCUGUCAACUUCACAUACUAUGACAACCUUGUGGGGGUGGCCAGGCGCCAUAGACACCCAAAUGUUCCUGAGCCGCAGGUUGCUCUUAUAUUCACAAAAAAGAAGUCUUUUAAAAAUGGUGUGACGGAGCUGGAUAUAAAUGCUCUGGAGAAGCGUUUGAAGAAGGCUAAGAGAGAGAAACCAAAGUCUGUACAGCUGUACAACCAAAUCGGCAACUUUUGGAGAAUCAAGGGCGACACUAGACAGAGCAUCGAGUGCUUCCGGCGAGCGUUGGCUGUGUCUCCUUAUAACGCAGAAGUGCUUCUCAACCUGGCGCGCGUGCUGUUCACACUCCAGUACUUAGACGACGCCAUCUAUCUGACGCGCCGAUCGCUCGAGGUUCAGCCGCCGGACCGCAGCGCGUGGCAGCAGUACUUUACGCUCGGAGAGAUAUUCAAAGCUUAUGGACAUUAUCAGGAAGCGGCGGUACAUCUCAAGCACGCGUUAGAUUUGAGACCAGACUUCGAACCGGCGUUGACGGCGCUGAGGGACAUUGAAAACAUACCGGAGGCAAACGUGCACGUGUACACGCUCCUAAUUAUUGUGUGUUUGGUGAUGGGCGUCCUCCUCGUAAUCCUCUCGUCGGUGGACAGCAACGGUGAAGCGGAGGAGCACAAAACUCAACGCCACUUCAACCGCGCCAUGGCGAUGCGCUCGCUGCGAGGCGUGGCCUUACCCGGAUCGCGCGGCCGCAAGAAAGGCGGAUCCUAAGCGGAAUAGCGGAAAUCCGGUCUAAUGUCGAUGGUUUUGUGCAGUUCGUUUCGACGAUGUACUUUGGAUAUAAAUUAUUUGAACUUUGUUUAUAAUUUCUAGAUGGCAGUCUAAAAUGAAGUUUCGACAUUUUAAUACUUAUUAUUAUAAUAUAUCGAAUAUUGCCAGCUUAAGAAAAAUAAAUUAAAUAAAUCCUAAAUCUGUCCAAUUUUUGCUUCGUAUAAGCUUUUAUUGCCGACUGUACUUUUCUUUGUGCAGUCAUAAACUACUGGAUAGUUCAAACUAGAUAAGGUUAUUUUGUUUUAUUACAUAGUUCCUAAUGGCUACCUUCUAUGUCCAUCACCACAAUGGAAGGUACCUUAAUAUUUCAUCGUCACUGAAGUUAUGUAGCUACGCUGAAGUCCAGCUGAAUUGAAGUGGGUCAAAUUUUACUUAUUAGAAUGUUAUUUUAGUGUCUAGAAAUUAUAAACAGUUUAAGUAUCAUUUUUUUGAGUGAGGGAAAUUAAAAAUCUGAUUUGGUUAAUGCUCAGUUAGGAAUUCUUAAUUAUUAGUUCAUGGAGGUUGUGAUUAAAUUACUUAAUUUUUAUAUCACAGACAUUAGACCGGCGAUCUUUAUGACAUUUUAUCGCUUGAAAAUACAAAAUUGACAGCUAAAAUGUUACAGUAAAGCUAUUGAUAUCUAUGUAUAAGAAACCGAUGUUGUGGUACUGUUUCGUAAAAUAAUUCAUAAAAAAUAGUGAGUAACUUGCAUUUAAAGUUGAGUUGUGAUUGAAAAAAGCCAUAUUUAUAAUUCAUUAGGCGGGUCUACACAGAACGAACCGCCUCGCGAGGAAAUUGCCGUACGAAGCAGCUCCGUGCGUGUAGACGUGCUUCGGGCAAAGCAAACACGCUUGCGGCCGCAAUGCCUCGGGCGAGGCAAAUCUCCACAGACCGAGCUGCUUCGCGCGGCAAUUUUUUCGCGAGGCGACUCGUUCUGUGUGGAUCCCGCCAAUGUCAAUUGUCAGAUUGCUGAAAUUUGACGGAACAGUGCGACAAAGAGAGGCUAAUGUACAAAAGUGACCUAACCGGUCUUGCCAUGUCUAAUUUGAUCUCUGCUUUGUAGUCUUCGUCACCUAUUGAUAGUUCCCUAAUGUGUGGUGUUUCCUUUUAGCGGUUUCGAUAUUUCGAACGCCUCAAAUUUACAAAUGUUAUUCUACAAGAAAAACCUGGUACUUGUCAUAAUGUAUUUUAUUCUAAGUCUUAUUUAACUGCUAAUGCUUGAUAAGCAAUAAUAUUAAUACAUAACUACAUGGAAGGCAAAUGAAAAAAUAAAUCUCGAAUUCGUCAAGUCAUAAUCAAGAAUAAUAGUUGUAUUUUUGCAAAUUGUUACUCCUUCACAAUGCAGUAUUAUAAGGGAUCUACACAUAUGAAGCGCGAUUUUGGUUUGAAGACUCGGGUCGGUUGUGGCGUGCAAGCCUAGAGGAGCGUCUACUUUUGCAACCUAGUCAUUCACUUAGACAAGUGGCCCUACAGGCCGUGUGUUUCGUUAGUAGUGCAUGCAAGUAACUUGUUAAGUGUUCGUAGUGUCUAAGGAUUUAAAGGGAGGAGCGUCUUAAAUUCUGAGAUUGGAGAAAAAUGUACCUGUUUUCAGUGGUUCUUUUGUUAAUUUUUGACUAUUUAUUACUUAAUACAUGAUUGUCUUAGCAUCAA